AUGACCAUCCCCCAUAGCCACUGCGACAUGAAACGCAUUUGCGGUCAUCCACCGGAAGGCGGCCGAAGAAUGGAAGGCCCAACGGCCGAGUCAUUUCGCGAGCUCUCGCAAAUCGAUGGGCGCCGGAGCAGACGCGCCAGUCUUCGCUGCACCUCGCCGUUCUCUCUUUUCAUUGUUUAGGAGGCCUGACUUUUCUUUCGUUUUCUAUACUGAAACUGUGUUACCUUGGACAGUGUAUCUACGGAAGCCUCUGACUGGAUUUUUCUUUUUUGAAUAGCUUCAGCUGCCUGGAACUUCGUUCUGACGAUUUCUCAAAAAUGACUUUGAAUGCAUCCUUCGCCAAAAAUUCGCACAGUCUAACUUCUCUAAAAGCUCGUAUCCAUCGGCCACGCCCUCUAUUUUUUCCUGAUUUUCCGUCGGAAUAACCCGGCUGAUGAGAAUUAACAAGACGCGGAAAAGCCAGACUGUUUCAAGCCGUGGCGAAUGAUACGUUCCAGUACAGCACUCGCCUUUAAUUUUUUUUUUUUCAAGCACUUGUUUUAUAUAUAUUUCCCACUUUUAUUCAAUUUUUUUCUGUUUUCGAAAAGUUUCGUAACUAUCACAAAGUCUUGCUAUCUGGGCGAAUUCUUAGUUGUUCUUCAAAAACGAACUUUAUUCGCUAAUUUUUUAGGGCUCUUUCUAUAAUUUUUCAUCUAAAACUUGUUUUGCAUUACCCUUUCAAAAGAUCAAAUGGUUGAAAACUUCGAUUUCAAUACACUAAAAUCAGAAAUAUGUGACAAUUUCUAACAAAUUAUUAAUGACUUGCAAACAUAUGGAUAGCAGAACAAGGCUUCUCUCACGAAUUUGGCUCUUUCUUCACUUUCUAGCCAUUUUUGCGACCAAAAUUUCUUUUCAGACUUCAUCUCUCUUUUUGAGGAAGAAAGCUCUAAAUUGGGUGGGCCGAAAUUUCAAAAUUUCUCUUACGCUCACCUCUAAAUCGGAUUUUAAAUUGUCAAAAGAAGAAAAUUUUAACGAAAUUCCGAAGGCACGAUUUGAGAAGACCUUUUUUGAGAAAAAAAAAAAAUGCUUCUUUGUUUUUAAAUAUUUAUUGUGUCGAUUUCAGUAAUUAGCAAUUUAUUUCCACUUCAAAACAGAAGCUAAUAUUCCUAGAUGUCCAUCCAUAUCGACACUCCCGUUUUUCGUUACUUUUUUCUGCUCGACGUUUUCUGAAAGACGUUUAAUCUCGGCUCCGUUUGAGGAUUAGUACGGGAGACCCUGAGGUAACUUCGCAUUCUUCCCUUUUUGUUUCGCGUCGUUUCGUUCCAGUUAAUAAUCCUGCUCAAUCCCGCUUUUCGCAACUUCUUACUUUUGAGUGCGUAGAUUUUUUCUUUGCUGGUUUAAAAACUUAAGCAUUUCACGUACACUGGUCAAUCCAGAGAAAGAUACAGGCAGCCGGGUACAGUCAGUUUUUCGCGACUUAGAAGGCGAGGGAGUCGGAGAAGGAGACAGGACGCUUUUUGUUUUUUGCAAAUUCUAAUAUUGAAAAAAAAAUUGGAGUAUGCGAUAGUGCGUCUCGGUGUGCUUACAGCCUAAGCACCAUAAAAUACGAAACUUUUUGACUUGUUUUAACUCAGGCACUUAUUGGUAUUUUUAUAAUACUUAUUAGUAUGCAUGCUCACUUUUAAACCGGUUUAGAGCACAUUCGUGCAACUUUUUGAAGAACCAUAUUUAAAUUGAAAAAUGGAUAUAGUUGAGUUUUAUUCGUCGAAUUUUAUGUUAAACUAAGCAUCAUGAUGAGAGGAAACGCAUGAAAAUGAAUAAAAGUCGAAAUCAUGAGCCUAAAUAGACAUACAUACGAAAAUGAGCGGGGACACCUAUCGUGUCCCCGGCGCGUCUUCGUCUAAAGCGCAGCGCACGUUUUUUUUAAAUAAAAAAAAACGCCGUGAUUCUGACUGUUCAUUACACCUGUAAUAUUAAAAUUUUGCGCAAGUUUUAAUGAUUCUUGAUGCGGAAUUUCUUUUUCACUAUAUUCAAUUUAACCAAACUCUACGAGUCCGCUAAUUUUUUGAAAACACUAAACUGAUAGCUGAUUAGUUCGGUGGGCCCUUUUUGUUGCCGAGGAGGAGCCGGGAGCAGCGUUUUUCGGAGCGGACAGUUGUCACUAGCUGGCCAGAGUUUUCUGUUGCACUCAGGCCAGCUAUCGAUUAACGCGUAAUUGAUCUAACUCUCUCUCUUUCCAUUCUAACUUUAUCAAGUCUGCUUUAUAGUCCCGGGGUUCCAGGAUGAGCCAUUUUUUGUUCUCUUUAUUUCACUCUUCAUGUCCUUCGAGCUUUCUUCAGCCCUAAUUUUUUUUUCUGAGCACUAGUUUCUGAAAAAAGAGUAAUCCAUCUACUAAAAACACUUAGGUUUUCUUGCGUUGUUAGAGCAUCUAUAAAAAAAUAAUGGACGCUGAAAAGCCCAAUAAGAAUCUUUGAGAAUUGGACUAACCCUUUUAUUAAUAUAAGUUUUUCUCAGUUCCACUACGCUUCGAAUAUACGUCUGUUGUAUUAAUUUGAACUUAAAGUUGAAGUGCAGAAGUUUUCGAGAGAGAAGAACUUAUGUGAUGACCUGGUCGGAGCGCCACCGGCGACUCAGAACAAUAUAAAGCGGUAGGAUAUUUCGUUUUUUUUCUGAAAUGCUUCAAAAAGAAAAAGUCGAGAUAUAAAAGUUGUUCGGAUUCAGGCGAUUGAUGGGGCCGAAUGCACGCGCUACUGUGGCUACUUCUCGCUUGGGCUGCCGUGGAUAGUUGCAUGGCAAAUCGCGACGCGAACCGUCUUUUCGAGGAUCUCCUCGCCGGUAACACUUUCUAUUUUUUCGAAUUUGAAUUUUUUUCAAGACUACAACAAGCUGGUUCGGCCGGUCAGUAGCAACGGCGAGACCCUCGUCGUCACUUUCAAGCUCAAACUCAGCCAACUUCUUGAUGUCGUAA